AUGGAAUUAAAGCCAAAUGGGCCACAAAAUUCAAUCACUGUUGAACAAGUUCAAGCUAUGAUAUCUAAUACUGUAAAGAGCCAACUUGGAGGUGGAGGUUCAUACAAUAGCCGACGUUAUGUGAAGCCUUACACUAGGAGAAUAGAUAAGCUGAAAAUGCCGUUUGUAUAUCAACCUCCAAAUUUUCAACUCUUUGAUGGAAAGGGUAACCCAAAACAACAUGUUGUGCACUUCAUAAGGACAUGCAACAAUGGUGGUACCAGGGGUGAGUUGCUGGUUAAACAAUUCGUUCAUUCUCUUAAAAGAACCGCUUUUAACUGGUACACCAACUUAGAGGCUGAAUCCAUUGAAAGUUGGGAUAAAAUGGAAUUGGAGUUUUUAGGUCGAUUCUUCAACACUCAGUGUGUCGUUAGCAUGAUUGACCUAACCCAAACCGCGGAAUGGGAGGAAGAGCCAGUCAUUGAUUACAUCAACCGUUGGCGGGCUCUAAGUUUGGAAUGUAAAGAUCGCCUGACUGAAACCUCUGCCAUCGAGAUGUGUAUUAAUGGGAUGAGUUGGGAACUACAUUACAUCCUAAAGGGCAUCAAGCCAGGAUCGUUUCAAGAGUUGGCGACGAGAGCUCAUGAUAUGGAACUCUCAAUCGCCUACAACAAGAAGAAGAAGGGCCUUUCUUCGGAAGCCAAGAAAGAAAAGAAGGAAUAUUACAAAAGCGACAAGUCCUCCGAAAGUUCAACUAAGGAGACGUUGUCUGUGACUACCUCUUCUGCACCCAUCAAGAUUUCGGUAAAGAAGAAAGAAGAAAGUAAGGGUACAUCUUCAAGAUUUGUCAAGAAAGAUAAACCUACUUUGAAAGAGCUUUAA